AUGUUGAUUGAUUAUGCCAAGAAUAGUGUAUGCUCUCGUGAAACGAUGACUUUCUUCACUUAUGGAAAGUUUCUUGCCUACAUGUCCCGUUAUGAUAGUUCAGUUGUGUAUUAUCUUCAACUACUGAAUCAAUUGCCACCUUAUCAUAUCGAUUUGCCAACGAUCCACAAUGACCUAGCGUAUGCUUAUCGUGAAUCAAAAUGUUUUUCAGAUGCUCUCAAACACUUCAAUAUUGCAAUCGCGUUGAAGGAAAAGCAAAUAUCCCGUGACGAUGUCACUCUUGCGGAGACCUACAGUGAUCUUGGAUGGUUGUUAACGGCAAUGAAUAAUUUAACUAAGUCUCUCAAAUUGCAUCAGAAAGCUAUAGCCAUUCGAGGGAAGUAUUUGGGCGAUAAUCAUAUAGAUACAGCUAUGUCAUAUGAAUGUCUUGGUAUUUACUAUUUGAAAAUAAACGAUUUCGACGUAGCUCUUUUCUAUCUUCAAGAAGCUCUGACCAUCCGACAACGUUGUUUACCUGCUCUUCAUCCUUAUCUAGCUAUGUCUUACUCAUCAUUUGGUGCCUAUUUCAAUAUUCGCAAGGAUCACGUAGAGGCAUUAAAAAUGUACGAGCAAGCAAUUUCAAUCUACAAGAAUUCGAUGCCACCAACUCACAGCAUUCUUGCAGAAACAUAUAUAAGCCUUGGAGAUACCUAUUUGAUCACUAAUCAAUUGGAAAAAGCUAUCAAACAUCUAAAAUCUGCUUUGAUCAUCUAUCGAAAGAGCAACUUUCGUAAUCAAGCAAUAGUUCAUAAAAUUCUCGGUUUUGCUUAUUACAAACUACGCGAUUACAAACAAGCAUUCGUGUCUUAUGAGAACGCAUUACAGUUAGCGCGAGAAGAGAAAAACAAUACACUAGCAACGUCAGUUGAAAACAGCAUAAGAAACCUCCAUGUUAGAGAGUUAGCUGAAUUCCAGAACUAUAAUAUAAUGUAA